AUGGAUCGCACGGAAUACGGAUCUGGCAAGGUCAAGUUGCCGAAACCUGCGUACGGUGUAGUCAAGGGUGCUGGAAAACCGGAAGGGUUUGAGCCAACUGAAUACAAGUGCAAAAUAGUACCAGCUGCAACCACCGACUUUGAUUCCCAUAAAGAUGUGCACUUAACAGCCACCUGCCAGCCUUCAGUCCUAAUCGGCGCGACUUUUUCACAACAUCCUGACCGGUGGACGGAAUGCCUUGUCACCCCUGCUAUCAAACGCGAAAUCCUAAGCACACCUGGAUAUCCCAAACCUCUCAAUCGGCCCCCAGGAAAACGCCAUCAUAUCACUCAGUCACCUAAUGGAGGCUUGGGUGUGUUCGCGACCGUUGAUCUGAAAGUCGGAGAUUUGAUUUUCAGUGAGCGAGCCAUCAUUAUCUCGUCCCCAAAGAUCUAUCAGCCGCCAAAUCUUCCGGCCCACUUCACGACUUUUCAAAUUCACCAGGCAGCUCUGUGUCAAAAGGAGAAAGAGAUCGAGAUUGUAUUUGGGAGAUUGCACCCAGAGCAGAGGGAGGCUUACAUGGCAUUGUGGAACAGUCAUAAAGAAGAUGGAAGUGGACCGCUCUUGGGUAUUUUUAGGACGAAUGCCUUUCAUGCUGGUUUCUAUGAUGACGGCGAGAACUUCUGUAUCCCUUCUGUCGGUGAACUCUUGCUGAUAUCCUUCUAA